AUGACUCCAUCACCCAAGAUUAUGAGCAAGCACGACAGUUCGCGACGGACCGGUCUGCCACCCCCCCAUGCGCACUUACAUCAAUUGGCACAGAGCCGGAGCUCGAAUCCUGUGUUAAAUCCUGCCACCGCGAUCCGGACCAAGGAUGGACACCGGCGCAAGUUUCUCGACUUCUGCGAUCAGAUAGACACAAAGCCAGUUCUCCUGGAUGAUAUGGCAAUGCGUGCUGGUCUCCAUAGAAGGCAGAUCAUAGAAACAUCUAUAUUCACGAGGACCGGAACUGAGACGGGGCCGAUAACUGUCGUCGUAACGCAGACCUCAACCGGGCCUGACCCGCAGCCUACGACGAUAACGACUACAAGUGAUGCUACCGAGACGUAUCGCACCAGCAAAUAUACGGAGGCACCAACAAUAACGACCAGCGAAACACAACCGGCCACACCAGGAACAACAGCGACAGCGUCAGAAAUGUCCGGAGCACAGGACACGUCCUCUGGCCUUUCGACGGGCGCGAAAGUUGGAAUUGGUGUCGCGGUCCCUUUAGUGGUGAUUCUGAUCGUUGCCUUGCUAUGGUUCCUGCACCGGCGAAGGAUGAGGAACAAACCUCUUGCGCGUGGGUCGGAAGUUGCAGAGUGCCAGCCUUCUGUGGGUCCAGCGCCAGGGUGUCAUAGUAGAGCGGGCGGCAUGCCAUCGGAAAUUGAUGGAAAUCCCAUAUAUGAAUCGGGAGGUCGUGCCAUUGAGAAUCCACUAGGACCGGUCUAUGAGUUAAGCGGACAGCCUAUUGGUUUACCGGACGGAUUGGCAGUUUUACCGUCGUCGUCUGAAAGGACAGGCAGGAAGCUCGGUACAAGAUAUUAG